AUGGAAAGUUUCUUGGGGUACGCGUACCUACCAGGAGAUAAGGAGGCCUUUGAAGCAGCCAUAGAAAAAUUCCACUGCACUCUGGGCGAUCGCUUUAAGCGAGAUAGCGAGACCUAUUCACACACAAAAGAUGAGUUUGGUAUGACACCGCUCCAUUAUGCAGCGCGGUUAUUACCAACGGAAUAUUGGAAGGGACGUGAGACAUGGAACUCGCUACUGAAGGGCCUCGAACUGGAUGAUCUGAACGAGCAAGAUGAAGACGGUCGUACCCCACUGUCUCAUGCAGCAGAGACUGGGAAGGCGUGGGCUGUGGACGAAUUGAUCAAAGCUGGAGCGGACCCCUACCGAUGUGACAAAAAUGGACGAUCGGUCUUAUCCUGGGCAGCACAAUUCGGCCACAAAGAAUUGAUCGAGCUACUCAGUUGGGAAUUCAAGUUCUCUGAAGACAAGGAUAACCAAGGCUGGACACCUUGCCAUUACUUUCUCCAAUGUUUUUUACAAAGCGAUUCUCACUCAACUAGCGAUUAUGAUCUCCGCAUUCUUCCACUGAUUUGGGACAGAAGCCAUUCCCGGGAGGUAACGGGCCUUUCACUGUGGGUAAAACACCGUCCUGGGCAGAACUCACAAUGGGGUAUCCGGACGUGGACACAAAUUCCAUCCAAGUAUAUGAAGGCAUCCAUGUUGUCUGAGCAUGAUGCCUUUGGCCUCACCCUGCUAGCGCGUGCUGUACGACUCGAAAGGUACUUAAUCGUCAAGAUACUUCUUACCAUCGAGGGCAUCAAUAUAGGCGUGGCGGACCGAGACGGAAAAACGCCGCUUUGGCGGGCCAUAGAGGCUAGAAACCGCGAUAUUGCCGAACUAUUGUGGAACGAUGAUGAUACUACUCUGAGGCUACUUGCGAGGAAUGCCCACACUCGAUCUGAAUCUCUAGAAUGGCUCAUUACCAACGGCUAUCCAUUGCUUAGACAACACGGCCCAAACAAGAGGACGGCUUUCCAUAUAAUGCUUGACAUCCCUAACAUCAGCGUUAUGGAGCAUCACCUCCAACAAAUCAUCACCCAUGUAUCCGAUUUACCUACGGACACUGUUGAAGCUCCAACAUAUAAGAGGUCAAAAUAUCUAGAGGAAAUUCUAGAGAAAGCCGACAGACGUGGCUUAACCCCUUUAGCUUUGGCAAAAGAGAAAAGACUGAUACCGAUAGUGAAGCUUUUCAUUCGAUGGCGUGCCAAAGUGGAUUGCUUCAAACACAAAGCGGACUGGUUUAAUCUAUUACCGGACAGUAAGGAUAUAGCAUCUUUCUGCAAUUUAGAGGAAGCGUACCGGAAUGUGUCAUUCGAGCUGGUACAAAAGAAGAACGAGAUCCUUGUCUUCGACUUCUACCAAGCAGAGGAUGUAACUCCACAAGGACGUCUUGUCAAGCGACGUGAUAUGCUUCAGCAUCUUUGGUAA